UUAAAGACAGGACUGAAGACUGACACAGGAGAUUAAAGUCAAGAUGGUGGAGGCCUACGACUGUACAGAGUGUAAGGAGUCCCUGUAUGGGCAGAAGUACAUACUGAAGGAUGAAAGCCCAUUCUGCAUAAAGUGCUACGAGGCACUUUAUGCCAACGACUGUGAAGUGUGCAAAAAGCUCAUCAGCUGCACCAGCAAGGAUCUGUCGUACAAGGACCGCCACUGGCACAGCGAAUGCUUCCUGUGCAUCAAAUGCCAACGAUCUCUCGUGGAAAGGCCUUUUGCCACCAAGGAUGACCUGCUGUUGUGCACCGAUUGCUACUGCAAUGAGUACUCCUCCAAGUGCCAUGAGUGCCUGAAGACCAUCAUGCCAGGCUCUAAAAAGAUGGAGCAUAAGGGCAACAGUUGGCAUGAGAAUUGCUUCACCUGCAACCGUUGCCAGCAGCCCAUUGGCACCAAGAGCUUUGUCCAGAGGGAUGCCAACAACUACUGCCUGCCCUGCUAUGAGAAGGUGUUUGCUCUGCAAUGUGUGCAGUGCAAGGAGCCUAUCACCACCGGAGGAGUGAACUACCGUGACCAGCCCUGGCAUAAGGAGUGCUUUGUUUGCAUUGGAUGCAAGCAGCAGCUGGCCGGGCAACGCUUCACCUCCCGGGACGACUUCGCCUACUGCCUCAACUGCUUCUGCAACUUGUUUGCGAAGAAAUGCGCCUACUGCACCACCCCUAUCAGCGGUCUCGGGGGCAGUAAGUACAUUUCUUUUGAGCAGCGCCAGUGGCACAACGACUGCUUCAACUGCACAAGAUGCUGCGCGACUCUGGUUGGCCGAGGUUUCCUGACGUGCAAAGAGGACAUCCUCUGCCCCGACUGCGGCAAAGACAUGUGAGCGGGUCACCAAGCCGGAAAAGAGUGUGUCUAAGUUGGCUGCUCAUCCAAAAAAGCAGCGGCGUAAUUCUUCUAAUCUGAC